UAGAAACACGCAACCCUUUCUGAAUAUUGCAGAAUCACUGAAAAUUAAACAGAAUACGCGAGAGUUCCAGCAAGCUUCAUUGAGACUCAAACGCGGAAAACGGGUUUUCAGUGAUCGCUUGCUACAUUGCAUCCAAUUUACACGAUUUUCCUCGAAUUCUCGGAAGUGACCGGUAAGGUUAAGUUGGGUGUGGUGCGCUCGCGCGGAAAUAGGGGAAGUGACCACGUGACUUCUCCAACUCCGGCUUGCUUCAGCCUGGGUCGUAUCUUUUCAUUCCGCGUGCGGUAUAACGUGCAGUUCGGAGGAGACCCGACCGAUUCAUUUUCGGUUUCCUACAAAAACCGCUUCUCAUUGCUCAUAAAAAAGUGUAAAGAUGUUCAGAUUACCUACUAUUCUGCGUGGGGUUGCCCUGCGGCAAAUGCAAUUUCGCACUUAUGCAAAAGAUGUACGUUUUGGACCCGAAGUACGCGCCUUGAUGCUGCAGGGUGUGGACAUCCUGGCAGAUGCUGUCGCUGUCACAAUGGGCCCAAAAGGUCGUAAUGUCAUAUUGGAGCAAAGUUGGGGUAGUCCAAAAAUAACAAAAGAUGGAGUUACAGUUGCUAAAAGUGUUGAAUUAAAAGACAAGUUUCAAAAUAUUGGAGCCAAAUUGGUUCAAGAUGUCGCUAAUAACACUAACGAAGAAGCUGGGGAUGGUACGACGACGGCUACGGUUUUAGCUAGAGCCAUUGCUAAAGAAGGUUUUGAAAAAAUUAGCAAAGGUGCCAAUCCCGUUGAAAUUAGAAGAGGUGUCAUGUUGGCAGUCGAUAAAAUUAAAGAUGAGCUGAAAAAAUUGAGUAAGCCAGUUACUACGCCUGAAGAAAUUGCACAGGUUGCUACAAUUUCAGCUAAUGGCGAUAUAUCUAUUGGUAAUCUUAUAUCCGAUGCUAUGAAAAAAGUAGGAAAAGAAGGUGUGAUUACGGUAAAAGAUGGGAAAACCCUCAACGACGAGUUGGAAGUAAUCGAGGGAAUGAAAUUUGACCGUGGCUACAUUUCUCCAUACUUCAUCAAUUCCAGUAAAGGAGCCAAAGUUGAAUUCCAGGAUGCAUUGCUUUUAUUUAGCGAAAAGAAGAUCUCAUCGGUGCAAAGCAUAAUUCCUGCUUUGGAAUUAGCUAAUUCACAACGCAAACCACUCGUCAUUAUUGCCGAAGAUAUCGAUGGAGAAGCUCUGUCGACUUUAGUGGUAAACCGACUAAAGAUCGGACUGCAAGUGGCAGCAGUUAAGGCACCUGGCUUUGGCGAUAAUCGUAAAGCCACUCUCCAAGAUAUGGCUAUCUCUACUGGGGGAAUCGUGUUCGGUGAUGAAGCCAAUUUAGUUAAGUUGGAGGACAUUCAGCCAAGUGAUUUAGGCCAAGUUGGUGAGGUAGUCAUUACAAAAGAUGACACGCUUUUCCUGAAAGGGAAAGGCAAUAAAAGUGACAUCGAUAGGAGAGCCGAACAAAUUAGAGAUCAGAUCGCUAAUACUACGUCCGACUACGAGAAGGAAAAGCUGCAAGAGCGUCUUGCAAGGCUCGCAUCAGGAGUAGCUGUCCUCAGGGUAGGUGGAAGCAGCGAAGUAGAAGUGAACGAAAAGAAGGAUCGUGUACACGAUGCCUUAAAUGCUACCCGAGCUGCGGUCGAGGAGGGAAUUGUACCCGGUGGUGGAAUUGCGCUUUUGCGAUGCGCGCCAGCCUUGAAGACCCUGAAGGUGGAGAACAACGAUCAAGAAAUAGGAAUCAAAAUUGUAGCCGAUGCAUUGCGCAUGCCGUGCUUACAAAUCGCACAAAAUGCUGGAGUCGAUGCCAGCGUCGUAGUUGCCAAAGUUUGCGAAGGCACGCUUGGUUACGAUGCGCUAAAUGACGAGUACGUGGACAUGAUCGAAAAGGGGAUUAUCGAUCCGACCAAAGUCGUUCGUACAGCUUUGACCGAUGCAGCGGGCGUUGCUUCUCUGCUGACGACUGCAGAGGCCGUUGUAACGGAAUUACCCAAAGAAGAACCAGCAAUGCCAAUGGGUGCAAUGGGCGGUGGUAUGGGUGGAAUGGGCGGAAUGGGCGGAAUGGGCAUGUAACGGAGUCUCUCUAAGUUUCCGUUCAAAGACUGAAUAUUGUUCGAGCUGUUCAUUGCAGUUGAAUUUGUAAUUUACAAAACCUGAUUGAACCCUGAGGUUUUGUACAGGUUAUCCGGUGACAUAAAGCCUUUAAUGUGCGUAUCUACGAUUGAAGAUCAAAUGGCAGUAGUACUGUAAAUGCCAGAUCCAAUUCAAUGUGCAUAAGUUGAGCACUUGGUUAUUUCUUUGCACAAGCGAAAUAUUGUCGGUGGUAUUGUAAAUGACCCUACUUUUGUUAGAGUACAUUUAUGAGUCUGUAUCGUACUAAUAAUAUCUGCAACAUAUUCCCACUAAGCAAACGACAUGAUAUUGGAAGACGUUAUCCAAUGGAUAAACUGUGCAUUUAUAAAAUACCUAGUUUGUACCGUACCUAUCUAGUUUUUCGCCGGCCCAGCAGAUGUUUUUCCUCCGUGGAUAUUUUGCCAUAACGUUAAAACUCGAGUUGCCAUACUUUUUGCUAUCACUAGUCCUGCAGGACGUAAUCAGCGUUAUAUUAUCAUAACUUUCAAUAAUGUGAAUCAUUUGUGAAAUUGAGAUACGGAUGCGUUGCUACCUCCAUUGUCUUUAUGGUUAGAGUCAAUAAAUUUCGAAAUUCCAUUGUAGUCGAUGGUACCGAGGAUACCACAGCACCGAGUUUUUGCGUGUAAGGAGCAAGCCCCACAAAAACUACCGUAAGCUGGGCAUGAACGAUCCUUCACCCGCCGAAUGUACGAGAGGUUCCAUUAAUCAUAUAAGUGUACAAACGUUAUUGUAUGCUAGGUACUAUGAUAGGGUAACUCGAGUUCUCGGUUACUGACUUUUUAAUCACUAGUGUUUAUUUUCCACGUUUAGUUAAAAUAAACAUUCAUAUAAUUGAUUUAA